AUGCAUACAACCCACAAUUAUCGGCACUCUCGACGGUCUGCUUGUGAUCGUUGCCGCGGGCAAAAGUUACGGUGUGAGCGCGAUCAUUUGCAUGGCAUGUCUUGUGAGAGAUGCCUUAAAGCCCAAGAAAUAUGUAUUACCAGUAUGAACCAGCCUGCACCGGUCAUAUUACCCUCAAACCAUGGUCAGAAUCUACUUGGACGAGAAGACCGCCAGAGCGAAAGAUUCAAUCAACAGCAUGAAUCAAUGUCUGUCCUUCACAAAUCAUCCGCUCCCAGAGUGAAGAAGUUGCAUCCUCCUCCAAUCUCGGGGAGACACAAUAUGCAAGAACACUACUGGGGAGGAGUUGGGUCAAUGCCAGCUUUUCCCGGAGGCAGCUUAUAUUCGCCCUCAGUGGACAUUGGGUUUAAUAUGCCCCUGGAUUUUGGAAAUAUCAUACCUCCUGCUGAGCAAUGGUGUAAUCCUCAUUCGAAUUGGUCCACCGAUGCCUAUAACCUACCUCCUGCUUGGGUGCCGUCAAAUCAAGUAUAUCCUUGCGAGGCAAAUUCUUGCUUUCCCUUUACUUUUACCGGUGGGGCUGCACCAAGCGCCAGGCAAGCCACUGAAAUGGCAAUUUCCGAGCCUUUUCAAAAUAAGUGCUUCAACCUUGGCGAGAAUGAAUUGACCUUUGCAAUAAAGGACCGUCCAGAUCCUGCGUGGAUGAAUCACCCAGAUCUUGCAACUAUAAACAAGCCUCCCCCGGCGACAACAAGCCAAGAGGCUCUGUCCUCUACGAACGACAUUCGCAAGAGUCUGCUAAGGUUGAAGAUGGGACUUGUAGAGGAUUUGGAGCUAUUUGAGACAGGAUCGAUGCUCCUGGAAUCCUCAUCCAUUUUCUAUGAAAGUUCUAAUUUGUCAAUUGAAACACUCGACCUUCCAAUAUAUCGUCUCAUUAAUCACUCCUCUUGGCUUUUGACAAUUGUUCGAUCGUCGUGUGGUACGGAAGAGAGCUUGGAUGUUACAUCUACACAACGAUUUAAAUUGGAGAGCAGCAGAUACGACGACCCUUUGUUUAUCCUCCCAGACGCUGGCAAUGGCUUGGAUGAAGAUGCUACCACAGUAUCCCCGCAUGAUUCUGGAUACCAUACCGCAACGACAUCUCCGGAUCGAACGACAGCUCCCACAAUCCCGAAAUGUGAUAUAGCACUGUGGCUUGGGAUAUUGGAGGCACAUUGCUCACUUGUUCGAAUAUAUCGUGCUGUCUUCAUGCGGUUGUACCAGCUGUUUCUCAUCAUUUCUCCCACUGAUGCAGCUAUGAUUCUGCUAUUACCGAAGGUGCGGUUCGGGCAGUUUUAUUUGGAUGGAAAUCUCAUUACCCAAGUGCAAUCAUUGGUCGAUUUCAGCUCUGCAAUGAUGGGAAAGCUUGACCGAGCCCUUAAAUUGCGGUCAGGCCCACCCCAACCGCAAGAGGAUCGGGAGUUCGAUUCAUCUGAUACAGUGCAGAAAGAUUGGUCAAGCUCAAUCCGCGACACUGUCCUGGCACAAGAACAGGAUCCUUGUGAAAUGUCUUUGAUGGAAAUAAUGGAGUGUUUGCGGCAACUUGUUAAAGACCCAGUGGUUGUUUAA